GCCUUUCAGCCGGCGAAAUCGCCUCGGCAGCACUCCGGCUGCCGCUACGGGAAACGCGCUGACUACGCAGGAAAGGCGAGGCGCGACGGAGAGCCCGACGUGUGAGAGAACUGCAUAUCCCCUGGGGGGGUGCGUGAGGAAACGCUCCAAAUAUUAGUUCUUCUCCGUUUCUUAAAACUCAUCCGCUUUGUAAUACCCGUGGCAGCAUCAGCUGCAGGUGUCGAAAGAUAGCUUCUCGUGUGCAUACGGACUUCCGAGAGAAUUUAAAAACCUCUUGUGUUCUGGCGCUGCCAAGGCUGAACGUCGAACUGAUGUUAAUUGCAAUUGUACGUGUAAGUUCUACAAUUUUAAAAGCCUUAUUGGAAAAAAACAAAACGUUACUGCUAGUAUCUUGGAAUAAUGCAUGUAUGUUUAUAAAAAAAUGUUAUGUCUGGGUGUACAGAAACGUACGCAUGAGAGAACAAAAGACGUGCUAAGAGAAAUAAAGCCUAGGCUCCUCCUUGCAUUCAGAAUAGGGUCCCAUUAUAAAGAGAUUUAUCAACAACCAGAUCUAAAACACCACUCUCCCUUUACUCCAUGACUAAACAUUGUCUCAUAGCAGGGGUGAGAAACCAGUAUGGUGUCUCUUUUCUUUAAUCUGGUCAUGGGGGAAAUGUGACUGAGUCUUCUAUUUCUCCUUGAUUAGAGAGAAGGAUCCCGGAGGGGCAGAUGUUAUUGAGAAAGUGAGACUGUAGGGAAUUCCCAGCCGGACAAGUCGUCUCCCAUCAGGGACCUGUGCUGCUUCACACACCUGCGCGAGUGAUUUGGACCUGCAUAAACAGCUCAUGUUAAAUUGAAUAUUUGCACAACACAGCUUCUUGCAGAAGGACCACCACACUGUUUUACACUUAGGAAAAUAUGAGAAUAAGCAGGGGGUGUUGUUCUCUCUGAACUAAAAAAAGAAAUAAUCUGUGCCUUGCUGAGGACAGCUGCAGGAAUCGGACGCUUGAAUCAAUGUUAUCGGAUGAGUUAGAAUCCAAACCUGAGCUGCUGGUUCAGUUUGUUCAGAAUACUUCUAUUCCACUGGGGCAAGGGCUGGUGGAGUCAGAACCAAAAGACAUCACCUGUCUUUCUCUCCUUCCUGUUACUGAGACCUCAGAAUGCAACAGACUCAUGUUGCCAGAUGAUGAAAGAGAUCUCACUUCUCCAAGUCACACUAAUUCUUCCAAAGAUGUUUCUUCAUCUGCUGUCUUGAGAAGUCUCCAGGUAAAUGUGGGCCCUGAUGGAGAGGAAACAAGGGCACAGAAUGUACAGAAACCAUCUGAACUUCUGUCAACUCCAGAGACUUCCAGUUUAUUGCAAGACCUCCAGCCCAGUGACAGCACUUCAUUUAUUCUUCUCAACCUAACAAGAGCAGGGCUGGGGUCUCCAGCAGAGCACUUGGUGUUUGUUCAAGAUGAAGCAGAAGAUUCUGGGAAUGACUUUCUCUCUCAUGAUAGCACAGACAGCAGUACCCCGUGGUUCCUACGAGUGCAAGAAUUGGCCCAUGACAGUUUAAUUGCUGCCACUCGGGCACAGCUCGCUAAGAAUGCCAAAGCAAGCAAUAAUGGUGAAAAUGUUCAUCUUUGCUCAGGAGAUGGGCAGCCGAAAGACUCUAGCCCCAUUCCUCAUCUAUCUCGUGUGGAAAGGAAGCUGAAGUGCACAGUUGAGGGCUGUGAUCGGACAUUUGUGUGGCCAGCUCACUUCAAGUAUCAUCUGAAAACACACCGGAACGACCGCUCCUUCACCUGCCCAGCAGAAGGCUGUGGAAAAAGUUUCUACGUGUUGCAGAGGUUGAAGGUGCACAUGAGAACUCACAAUGGUGAAAAACCCUUCGUGUGCACGGAGCUGGGCUGUGGGAAACAGUUCACAACAGCUGGAAAUCUGAAGAACCACCUACGAAUUCACACUGGAGAAAAACCCUUUCUGUGUGAGGCACAGGGAUGUGGUCGCUCCUUUGCCGAAUACUCCAGCCUUCGGAAACAUUUGGUUGUCCACUCAGGAGUGAAGCCCCAUCAGUGCCAAAUUUGUGGGAAGACAUUCUCCCAGAGUGGUAGCAGAAAUGUGCAUAUGAGGAAACACCACUCCCGAAUUGGAACAGCUGGCAGCAGAGAGCGAGAACAGCCAGAGUCACUGAUGGGCAGCAGUUUGCUGGAAGAAUCUACAGUGCAUAGUAAGAAUCUCAUCUCCAUGAACUCUCAGCCCAGCCUUGGUGUUGAGUCUCUGCACCUGCCAGACACAGAGUCUAUUAUUGGAGUAGAGGAGGGUGAGACCAGCUGCUCUUUUUUCCGCCCUCUUAUAUGUGGUGACUGAAGCGGGAUCGAUCACUCCUCCUAGAGGCUCUCCAUGUUGCGGUGGGAUGAGUGAACAUUGCUUUAACUGUGAACUGAGCGGGUGGGUAGAUGGAGAAUGAACCAUAAAACUGGAGCUGGAGAAGACCUACCGGACCAAGUUUCUCUCUUGCAGAGCUUAAAAGGUGAAGUCUGCUGCUUAGGUGUCAUUUAGCCCAUGUCAUGGAACGCCAUUUCAAAACUGUUUAUGCAGUCCAUUCUCCUAAAGCCUAACGCGUUUGUUUUGCUGGAGCAUCUAGAAGCCCCAGUUAAGGACCAGGACCUCAUUGUGCUAGGCACUGUACAAACAUUCAGUCUCUUGAGCAACAGGCCUUCCUUCCAUCCUUUACCUUCAGAGACUAUAUUCUAAUACAUCUCACUGUCAGAAGCUGACUUACUAUCUGAAAUAAAUGUACUACUUGAUAUCAUUUAACUACAUUUGCUGUGUUCUUUUCCUGCUUUCCCCAGCCACAUUUUCCUCCAAAAUUUGUUUGGUAUGUCAAGCUCUUUCAAUGAGUCUACCAUGCAGAUGUUUUGAAUUUUUUUUAAGGGGUUUCUUCAGAGUUGGGAUUAUUAAGAAUGCAGAGUUUUGCUAAGAUACUAUGUGUCUGCAACAGGUCUGAUGGGAAGAGAAUGCUUUUAAUUUAUAUUGCUUCCUAGCUGAAUGUAAAGGUAGUGCUGCUGUCAUUAAAGGUAUUGUAAUUUGGAGGCUCUUGCAGAAGCUCCACCAGGUACCUGUGAAUCAGGAUCUGAGGUGGUUUGGCUACCAUCUCAUAAAUUGAUGGGAGAUGCUCUAGUGAGAUGUCCUCUUUACUACAGUAUUUUUAUAGGUCAGCUGAACAGGCUGUAAUUCUUUUAACUAAAAGUAACAAAAUCUUCCCAUAAAAUGCAAAAAUCCAGAGCAAAAGUGGAAAUUCUUUAUUUCCAUAGCAUUUUUGAGAUAGAUUAAGAUAUUACAAAUCUCUUUUAGGAUUACAGAAAUGUAAUCCUACUUUCAGAACAGCACCUUACUUAGCAAGAAAGGUGCUCGUGAGUUUCAGUUACUUAGUUUGAUGCUUUUACUUUCAUCACCAUUUCAGCAAUUUCUGCUUAGGGACCAAUAUUGAGACUUGGAUUUAUCUGCUACUGUAUUCAUGCAUGCCACCUUAGUAUUUGUUAAAGGAAUAUGGCAUAAUAUCAUAUAUUAAUUUAAAGUCAAGCCUUUGUUCCUCCUUUCUCAAGGUUUUUCUUUACACUUCACAUACUUAGAAAUUUCUUUUUCCAGCAUCAUCAAGUAUUAUUAUGGAAAAUAGCAGUUUUAGUAAAUACCCGUUAAAAUGUAUGUAUGAAAAUUUCCCUCCUGCUGCUCCAGAUAUAUCCAUACAAGCUCAGUGGGAAUUAGGCCACAGACUCAGACCAUGGAAGAAAUCUUCUUUCCUGUCUCUUUCAGUGUGACAAGGCAUGGUGA